AUGGAGCAUUAUCAGGAAGACCUGGGACUGAUGGAGGACCUGUCCUUGUACGAAGCCUACAAAGACGGGGUGUACGCCACCAGGAGGGACUUGGUGAUCAGCCCCGACUUGGACUUCUCUGCUCCGGCGGAGGUGCAGCCGGUGAACGGCACCUCCUCGCUGCACCGGCAGCAUCACACCGUGGAGAACUUCACCUCCGGGAAUAAAGUGUUCCACGCGGCUCCCGUGCGUCCCGUCAGCUGCAGCCGGACGGUGCCCGUGGAUUUCUGCGCGCCCCACAGAGAGCUCGGCGACGAGGAGGGCUGCUGCACCAAGUCCGAGGUGGCUCUGCCGUGCUACUCGGGCACCUCCUCGGAGCGGCACCGGAGGUACUCCCUGGAGGUGCAGGGCCACAGGUACAGCACCGGCUCCGCCUUCGACGGCGUGGCCCUGCACAAAGCGGCGCCUCCGCCCGGCAACAGGUGCAACAGCGUGUGCAUCACCGGCAGCCACGACGGGAGGUUCGGUGCCAGCCCGCGCGCCAGCCUGGCGGUGCCCGGGCACGACAGGUACACGAGCCCCCGGUCCAGCCUGGUCCACUGCGAGGGCUCCAGCGUCCUCAGCCCGCGCUCCAGUUACGCCAGCACGGCCAGCGACACGAGCAAGCACUCCAGCCCGCGCACCAGCCUGAACAGCUGCGACUGCUGCAGCAAGCCCAGCAGCAACCGAACCAGCGGCAUCAGCAUGGGCUACGACCAGCGGCACACCAGCUCCAGGUCCAGCACGGCCAGCCAGUACUCCUUCACCACCAGCCCGAGGUCCAGCUACUCCGACUCGCGGUACGGGCCCGCGGUCAACCACCACGACCUGGAGGGGGCCAUCCUGCACGCGGCGCCGCUGGCGAGCCCGCGCUCCAGCAUCUGCAGCCAGGACGGCAGCGCCAGACCCGGGACCGGGACCAACAACUGCGUGCUCAGUCCGCGCUCCAGCAUCUCCAGCCACAGCUCCAGGAGCUCGCGCAGCUCCAGGGGCUCGAUGAGCGCCUACCCGGACCUGCAGCUGCCCUCCCCACGCUCGUCCAUGCUGGGCAGCAGCGUGCACGAGGACGCCCUGCUGCAGGAGCUCGGAGACUCCGGCGGGACUCCAACCCGCAUCCACCUGCAGGUGGUGACGGAGCCCCCGCAGCUGCAGGCCCAGACGUGCGGGACGGUGGAGCUCGUCCCGGCUGUGUCCUCGCUGAGUUACGGGGUGUCCUGUAAACCGGCCUCCACGGGACAGAGGUUCAAGUUACCUUACCAGGUGACCCCCUGCCGAGAGAGUGGGCCCAGCCACGCGGAGAAACGGCUGGAGGCGCUCACCCUGGAGCUGGAGAAGGAGUUGGAGAUGCACAUGAAGAAGGAGUACUUCGGUAUCUGCAUCAAAUGUGGGAAAGGUGUAUACGGGGCCAGCCAAGCCUGCCAGGCCAUGGGGAACCUCUAUCACACAAACUGUUUCACCUGCUGCUCUUGUGGGAGGAGGCUGCGAGGGAAGGCGUUCUACAAUGUGAAUGGAAAGGUCUACUGCGAGGAAGACUUCCUGUACUCUGGUUUCCAGCAGACGGCCGAGAAGUGCUUUGUAUGCGGUCAUCUCAUCAUGGAGAUGAUCCUCCAGGCGCUAGGCAAGUCCUACCAUCCUGGUUGUUUCCGCUGUGUAGUGUGUAAAGACGGUUUAGACGGAGUGCCUUUCACCGUGGACGUUGAAAACAACAUCUACUGUGUCAAAGACUACCACACGGUUUUUGCUCCCAAGUGUGCCUCCUGCAACCAGCCCAUCCUUCCAGCCCAGGGCUCUGAGGAGACUAUCCGAGUUGUUUCUAUGGACAAGGACUAUCAUGUGGAGUGCUACCACUGUGAGGAUUGUGGCCUUCAGCUGAACGAUGAGGAAGGUCACCGCUGUUACCCACUAGAAGGCCACCUUCUGUGCCACGGCUGCCACAUCCACCGGCUUCAGUCCAAGGUCCCUGCCCACCCACCGCCAAGCUACCCUCUUCAUGUGACUGAACUGUAG